UGCUUUCAUUGUGAUUGUUCAUCAGUGGUCGAAUUCAUCAUAAUUUUCCUGACAUCGGUGAAAUUGUUCGAUUUUCUCAUCUCUCGAUAAUAAGCAUCAAUUUUGAUUUUAAUAAUUUUCACUUAUUUCUAUUAAUCGUUUCCAAGAAUAAUCGAAAACAAAAAUGCUGAAACCAAUUUCUGGAUCAAAUUAUUGGAUCGUUUUGGCAGUCAUUGUUGGAUUAACAACAACAUUGAUUCUAUUACCAAUGAAUGCUGAAGCUGCAUCUUCUCAUCGUUACCGUCGACAAACGGAUUCAUCCUCGACCGCUUUGACUACAGCAUCAUCAUCAAAUGCAAUGAUUACAUUGUCCAAUCUGAUUUUACCGACCAUUCGUGCCAUAAUUCAAGCACCCGUAAGAUUAAUACAAGAACUAAUUUCUGAAAUACGAUUGUUUUUAAGUUCACAUAAUUUCACCGAAAUGUUGGACGCAAAAUUUCUUCGAACAUUAUUACAACGUCUACCCGAACGAAUUGGUCAUUACUGGCUUACAUUUGUCGAAAUGGAAAAUGAAUGUAUUCAACGAACAUUAUGUGAUGUUGCCGAUUUUACCACUCAUCAUGUUCCACAUUGGGUUAAGCAAAUAUUACUCAUUUAUUUCACUACAUUCAAUCAAAACGUUUAUUUCGAAGCCAUUAACAAUGGUUUAAUUGCUCAUAAUUGUCAGGCAAAAUUUAGCCAAUGUGAUCCUAAUUCAUUUUUAAGCCGUUUAUCGAAUAACAUGUCUCAAUCCAUCCAUACAACUGUUGAACCGAUUCGUGUGGCAUUUUCCGAAUUUGUUAAUGUAACCGUUUCAGCAUUAGAUUCUAUGGCAUCGACCACUGAACCAUCAAUUCAUCCAAAACCAAUUCAAGAGACCAACUUUAUUCAAAAUGGUAAUACUGCAGACGAAUUUGAAGAAGAAUUUGAUCUUAAUGAACGUUCUGGUUUUAUUUCUACAAAAACCGAACACGCCAAUAACCAAACUCGUCUCGAUAAUGUUCAUCAAGACCAACCAAUGCAUGCUAUGGAUCAACAUCAUAAUGCUUUUGCAUCAAAUCACCAACAACCACCACAGGUAAUCAGGCCACCACCAGCAGGUUGGUCACCGGCUAUGUCAGUAAAUCGACAACCACAAUAUUAUCAGCACAUGAUUCAAUCAUCACAACCUAUGAUGAUACAACCACAACAACAUCCAUAAAGCUAUGAUGACAUAUCUUUAAUAAUCUAAUUUCAUUUGAUUUACAACCAAACAGUCACAGAUUGUUGAAUUGAUCAUAUUGUUUUUAAUUAUUCAUAAUAAUUAUUGUAUACAAUUUUCAAUUGUUGUUUUUUAUUUGUAUUCUUAUUCUUGUUAUCAAUUAUCAUUCUGAUCUAUCUGAAUCUAAAAUAUAUCAUUAUGAUUAUAAGUAAAAUAAACUAAAAAUUAAAUUUUUAA